AUGUUGCCACAGAGCUCGUUGUUGCUCGUCGCUUCGUUGCUGGCUGCGCUGCCCGCCAACGCUGACGGAAUCUACACCAAAAAGUCGCCGGUCCUCCAGCUCAACCAGAAGACCUACGGAUCACUUAUUGCGAACUCGAACUAUACUUCAAUCGUCGAGUUCUACGCUCCUUGGUGUGGUCACUGCAAAAACCUCAAGCCCGCUUACGAGAAAGCCGCCCAGAAUCUGAACGGCUUGGCCAAGGUCGCCGCCGUUAACUGCGAUGACGACGAAAACAAGCCCUUCUGCGGUCAGAUGGGUGUGCAGGGCUUCCCCACCCUGAAGAUUGUGACACCGUCCAAGAAGCCCGGAAAGCCGCGCGUGGAGGACUACCAGGGUGCGCGCAGUGCCAAGGCUAUCGUCGACGCGGUGGUCGACCGCAUCCCCAACCAUGUGAAGCGCGCAACGGACAAGGACUUGGAUAAGUGGCUGGGACAGAAUGAGGAACGACCCAAGGCUAUCCUCUUCACGGAAAAGGGCACUACGACCCCUUUGAUCCGCGCGUUGGCCAUUGAUUUCCUGGGCGCCAUCGACGUCGCUCAGGUGCGGAACAAGGAGUCCGCAUCAGUGGAGAAAUUUGGCGUCUCCAAGUUCCCCUCGCUGGUUGUCGUCUCCGGCGAUGAAGAGCCCAAGGUGUAUGAGGGCGAGCUGAAAAAACAGCCUAUCACCGACUUCCUUAAGCAAUUUGCCUCUCCCAAUCCCGACGCUACCGGAGAGGCUGCCUCGCCCGCGGCCAAACCCAAGAAGUCCAAGCCUUCCAAGCCUGCAAAGGCAGCUCCCAAGGUUCCUGUUGUCCCCGAUGACGAGGGUGAAUCGGCGGCUGCAGAGGAAACACCCGAGGCCAAGCCCGUACAGGUCCCCAUUGUUCCUCCAGUCCCUACCCUCGCUACCCCCGAAUCCCUCGAGUCCGCUUGUCUGAACUCGAAAUCCACCACCUGUGUGCUGGCCCUCCUCCCAGCCACAAGUGAGCCGGACUCUGCGCUCCCAUCAGCGGCCACCGACGCACUUAGCAGUCUGGCUGAGAUUGCACACAAGCACGCUCAGCGUGGUACGCACCUUUUCCCGAUUUACGGUAUCCCUGAGAUCAACUCUGCCUCUCAGAAUCUGCGCACUUCGCUCGGCCUGGAGGCUAGCGAUGCCGUGGUGAUCAUUGCCGUCAAUGCUCGCCGCGGAUGGUACCGUCGAUAUAGUCAGGCAGAGGACUUUGGCCUCGCGGCUAUUGAGGGGUGGAUUGAUGCCAUCCGCCUCGGAGAGGGCGCUAAGGAGAAGCUGCCUGAGGGAUUCGUCGCUGAGCCUGAGGCUGAGAAGCCUAAGGAGGAGCCCGAGCAUGAUGAGCUGUGA